AUGUAUGGUAGUGUUAGUGAUGCAAAUAGCAGAUGUCAAAUAGAUUUUUCAGAUCAAGAAUUUGCACGUUUUGAAUUUUGGAUAUGUGGUGUUAUAUUAAAUUUUGUUGGUUUAUUAGGUAUAUUAGGUAAUAUAUUAUCAAUGAUAAUAUUAUCAAGGCCACAAAUGCGUUCAAGUAUUAAUUACUUAUUAAUUGGUUUGGCUAGAUGUGAUACUGUAUUAAUAAUUACAUCAAUAUUAUUAUUUGGUAUACCAUCAAUAUAUCCAUAUACCGGUUAUUUAUUUUAUUAUUAUUAUUAUAUAUAUCCGAAUAUAUCACCUUGUAUGUUUCCAUUAGCAAUGGCAGCACAAACAUCAAGUGUAUAUAUGACAUUUACUGUAACAUUAGAACGUUAUGUUGCUGUUUGUCAUCCAUUAAAAGCUAGAGCAUUAUGUACAUAUGGUAGAGCAAAAAUUUAUUUUAUUAUAUGUAUAUUAUUUGCAUUUUUAUAUAAUAUACCAAGAUUUUGGGAAGUAAUUGUAAUAACCAAUGAUAAUGAUAAUGAUAACAAUGUGAUAUUUUGCGUAAUUGCAUCAUCAUUACGUCGUAAUGAUCAAUAUAUUAAUAUUUAUAUACACUGGUGUUAUUUAAUAUUUAUAUAUUUUAUACCAUUUCUUAGUUUAGCAAUAUUAAAUUGUUUAAUAUAUCGUCAGGUUCAAAAGGCAAAUCGUGAACGACAGCGUUUAAGUCGUACAGAAAGACGUGAGAUUGGUUUAGCAACAAUGUUAUUGUGUGUUGUUAUAGUAUUUUUUUUAUUAAAUUUUUUAGCAUUAUAUACAAAUAUAUUGGAAGCAUUUUAUGGUAUAAUUGAUGAUUAUUUAAUAAAAAUUUCAAAUUUAUUAGUAACAAUAAAUAGUAGUGCAAAUUUUAUAAUAUAUGUGAUAUUUGGUGAAAAAUUCAAACGUAUAUUUUUAUUAUUAUUUUGUAAAGGUAGAAUUAGUCGUGAUCAACCAGAUUUAAUACAUUAUGAAAGUUCAAUAUCAAAUGGUGAGGGUAAUAAUCGUUCAUCUGGUCGAUUUUCACGUCACGGUACACAACGAAGUACAACGGCAUUAAAUUUAACAAGAAAUAAUAAUAAUAAUAACAAUAAUAGUAAUAAUAAUAAUGGUAUACCAACAAGUGUUAGAAUAACAUCAGGUAAACGUAUAAAACGUAAUCGUGCACCAUCACCUGGCCCAUGCGUUUAUUAUCCAGCUAGAGAUGUACAAAGAACUCAAACAGUUAUUACACCCAGUUCAUCAUUACAUUUCGAUUGUUAUAAUAAAAACGGAGGAAUGAUGACAUCGGGAUUUUAA